AUGUUGGAAUACCCACAGCGAUUCGCGCGCAACAUCCCCAAUUCCUCUGGCAACGCACCGCCACAGCUGCCGCAACAUCAGAACUAUCAGAGCUGCCGCCAACUGGCACCUAACUCACCUGCUCAUCAUCAGCGUCACUCUUCGCUGUCACAACAACAGCAGCAGCAGCAACAACUGCAACAACAACUGCAGCAGCAAUCGCUGCAGCAUCAUCGCACACUGUCGACCGCCUCCAGUUGCAGUGCCCAGCACAAAAGUGUGACCUUUGGCCAGCCAGCGAGCAGCGGCUGCCCGGCGCCGAUCGACUACAGCAACGGGGGCAGCAGCAGCGGUAACUCCAGUUGCAGCAACGCUGGACAACAAUCAAUGGCGGGCAACAUGAAGCACGGCAAAUCUCAGGAAGACGUUUGCUACGUAGUAGCCAAAUAUGAUUAUGCAGCCCAGGGCGCCCAGGAGCUGGACUUGCGAAAGAACGAGCGCUAUUUGCUGCUGGACGAUUCCAAGCACUGGUGGCGCGUCCAAAACAGUCGCAAUCAGUCCGGCUAUGUGCCCAGCAACUAUGUGAAGAAGGAGAAGCCCUCGCUCUUCGACAGCAUCAAAAAGAAGGUGAAAAAGGGUUCCGGUUCGAAGACGCUGCCCAAUUGUUCGCCCUCACGCCAAAUCGAGAGUCCAACCAUGUCGCGACGCUUGCCGCCCGAUCCGGCCGAGGCCAUUGGCACCGCCAUUGUCAAAUACAACUAUCAGGCGCAGCAGCCGGAUGAGCUAUCCCUGACUAAGGGCACACGCAUACUCAUCCUGGAGAAGUCGAAUGAUGGCUGGUGGCGUGGGCAGAGCGGCAAUGCGGUUGGCUGGUUCCCUAGCAAUUACACAACCGAAGAUUGUGAUAACGAUGGCGAAAUACACACCUAUGCCAUGGCGGAGAACGUGCUAGACAUUGUGGUGGCGCUCUAUAGCUUCACAUCGAACAAUGAUCAGGAGCUGUCGUUUGAGAAGGGCGAUCGUCUUGAGAUUGUCGAUAGGCCCGCCUCCGAUCCGGACUGGUAUAAGGCACGCAAUAAUCAGGGUCAAGUCGGUUUAGUUCCACGCAAUUAUCUACAAGAGUUGAACGACUACUUGGCCACGCCCUAUCGCAAUACCAGCGGCAAUGCUGGCAAUGGCAAUGCCACCGGCAGCAACGGUGCCAAUACCACCGGCAACGGCGGUGACUCCAUGGAGCGACGCAACGACUGCAACAACAAACCAACGCAGCCCAGCCAGCCCAUCGAGCGUCCCAAUUUGGCUGGCAAAUCCUGGUACUAUGGAGCCAUCACGCGCAGCCAAUGCGACACAGUCCUCAAUGGCCAUGGCCACGAUGGCGACUUCCUCAUCAGAGACAGUGAGACUAAUAUGGGUGAUUACUCGGUUUCCCUGAAGGCGCCCGGCCGCAACAAACACUUCCGCGUGCACGUUGAGCAGAAUAUGUAUUGCAUUGGACAGCGCAAGUUUCAUUCGCUGGACCAGCUGGUCGACCACUACCAAAGAGCGCCCAUCUAUACGAACAAGCAGGGCGAGAAGCUGUAUCUGGUGCGAUCGCUGCCAAAGGCCAAUGGCACGUAAAGAGAGAAACAAACAAAAAGAAACUCAACAUAGAUCAUCCAAUAUAUUACUCGUAAUAUAACUAACAAAAAAUACACAACAUAAUACAACUUCAAUGAUAUAGUACAUACGUAUUAACAUGGCAUAUAACAUAAAGUAUGCAGCGCGUUGUCCAAAUUGUUUCUUCAGUUUUGUAUGCUUCGCGAUAACGAGAGAGGGAGAGUAUGUAUAUGUAUAUAAAUCGGUUGAUUCAUGUUCGCUGAUUCAUGUUCGAGUGCGUAAUAGACAAAACACAGACUUUUUGUACUUUUAUAAAAUUUAUAUGUAUCUAAAUUAAUUAAUGCUUAAUUCGGCUAGCUUUGAUUAAUGACUACUUUGUUAACGUUAGUUCGCUUCCUUUUUUGUGAACUAGGGAAGACGAAAGAAAAGCAUAACAAACAUAAAUGAAAGAACCAAAGGCUUCUUUUUCUCUCGAAACACUCAAUUCUAGAUGUCAACAUGCAUUACAUUUACAUACUCUAUAUAUAUGUAUAAAUACAUAACAAACGAUAUUUAACAUUGUAGCCAAGUAUUGUGUACACAGCAAAGCGCUUUUAAAAACUGACUUAAGAUAUGUAGCGAUGUAUGUGUGUGUGAGUGCGUGCGUGCGUACGUGUGUGUGAGUGAGUCUGUUUGGAUAUAGCACAUCAACCAAUUUGUCUGUGCGUAUGCAUGUGUGUGUGCAACUGCUUUGUAAACAAUUUGAAGCUCGCGAAGCCACAUUUAUGCAUAUAUAUAUACCCAAUCAUACCAAUAACUUAUCGAGUAUGUAAAUAUGUAGGCGGAACGCUUACGAACAACCCAAAAAUAUAUAUCAAGAGCUGCUUAAAGAAAAACCCGAGAAGUUGGAAAAGAUAAUUGUGAAAACGUAAUUAACUCGCUAAUUUGCUAAUAAGAUAAGAUGCUUCAUGUCUUCAACUACAUACACAUCCACAGUCACUUUUGUAUUCAACAUUUUUUUGAUUAUCAUCUAAAGAUAAAGGUAUAUAUUAACAUACGAAAUAUCCACAAUAAUAAUAUCUAAAUACAAGCUGUUCUAGCCGCAUAAUUAUAAACAUAAUCAACAUCGUACGAAACACACAUACUUAAGUGGAGCCUCCCCCUAUUAUACAUAAAUAAAU